AUGUCUUCAUCACAUAAUCGUUCUUCAAAUACACGUCAAUCUCGACCUACACAAACAGUGACACCAUUACGUAUACAACGAUCAGCGAGUGUUCCAAAUCGACAAUUUAUUAUAAUUCUCACGAAUAAUCCUGAACUUUUACGACAAACUCGUCGAUUUCAACCUGAAAUCCAACGAGAUCCACAGCGACAGAGAGGUGCAUCUACAAAUAACAACAACAAUAACAACAAUAAUCGUGAACUACUUUUGGAAAAUUUAUUACGAGUAGAAUUAAGAGAGGCAGCUACUGGUUAUCUUAUUCGUACUCGACGCUCAUUUCCACUGAAUUAUGUAUUCGAUAUGUCUGAUAUUGAUACAAGUGAAGAACAGCAUUGA